AUGGCACUACAACAUGGCAACCCCGCCGACCUUCUCCCCGUCCACUGGAAGUCGCAAAUCACAGCAUGGUUCGCUGAAGAUACACCAUCUUUCGACUACGGCGGGUUCGUAGUCGGCGACAGCGAGCGGACGGCUACUUUAUACGGGAAAUCGAAAGGCAUCCUUGCCGGCGUGCCAUUCUUCGACGAGAUAUUCGCACAAGCUGGAUGUACUGUGAAAUGGCAUCUCAAAGAAGGGACCCUGGUAGACCCAGGAGCCAAAGGCAAGGUCGCCGUCGCGACAGUCACUGGUCCAGUACGAAAGCUGUUACUCGGGGAAAGAGUAGCGCUGAACACGCUAAGUCGAUGUUCUGGGAUCGCCACGAAAUCGAGAACGAUGGAGGACCUGGUGCGGAAGGCGGGAUAUAAGGGUAUACUUGCUGGAACAAGGAAGACUACGCCUGGAUUUAGGUUGGUGGAGAAAUACGGGAUGAUCGUUGGUGGUGUUGAUGGUCAUCGACAUGAUUUGUCGAGUAUGACUAUGUUGAAGGAUAAUCAUAUCUGGGCGAGGGGAAGCAUAACGGAAGCUGUGAAGGCUGCAAAGUCGGUAGGUGGAUUUGCCUUGAAGGUCGAGGUGGAGGUGGAUAAUGAGGAGGCGGCUGACGAGGCUAUCGCUGCGGGUGCGGAUAUUGUUAUGUUGGAUAAUUAUGAUGGGGAUGGCUUGAAGGUUGCGGCGAGGAGUAUCAAGCAGAGGUGGGCUGGCAAGCGCGAGUUCCUGCUUGAGUGCAGUGGAGGUCUCACUGCUGAGAAUGUAGAGACCUAUAUCAAUAAUGAUAUUGAUAUCAUAUCGACAAGUUCGAUACACCAGGGCGUGCCCCAUGUCGACUUCUCGUUGAAGAUCGAUCACUAA